GUUGUGCUCUCUCCUGCUCUCUGACCCCAGCGGCAGCUCCGACUCACUGCACCCCGGCUCCCCCUCCGACAGACCGCGGCUGCUCUCUCUCCCCCCCUCCCGUCUGUCAGCGUAGUCUCUCGUCCUUCUCUCGGGCUCCUUCUCCUCCUUGUCUGGUUUCUUGCCACAGAAGCCAGCAGAGGUCCCGCCGGGUCGAAGGUUUCGCCCUACCCGCCCAGACUGCCGCAACAUUCGGACUGCUGCUAACGAGCCCGCCCGCUGUCCUUCUGGCACCGCAUGGACCAACGUUCCUCCUCCGCCGCCGCUGCCUCUGCGUAGAGUGCGACCCCGACCCGACACUGUUUCUUCGGCCACAUAACAAGCAGAAAAGCCCAAACAAACAACAGAAGAAGACUGUAGCAGUGCAGUCGGUCAGUCGGUCGGUCGGUCGGUCGGUCGGUUGGUUGAGUGGCUGCUGGUGCUGCUGGCAGACAUUCGUGGGCUUCUUGAGGGACUCUGAAGGAUGACCAUCGCACAGUUUGCUGCUCGGUGAACAAACGGCAUCUCAUGUCCAAACAGCUGAAGGAUGGCUCAUGGCAAAGUGACCAUCACAGUGGACGAGUACAGCUCCAACCCGACACAAGCCUUCACGCAUUACAACAUCAACCAGAGCCGCUUCCAGCCUCCACACGUCCACAUGGUGGACCCCAUCCCUUAUGACACUCCCAAGCCAGCAGGACACACCAGGUUUGUGUGUGUUUCAGACACACACUCGCGCACCGACGGUAUCCAAAUGCCAUAUGGCGACGUGCUGCUACACAUGGGGGACUUCACUGAGCUGGGCUUGCCAUCUGAAGUCAAGAAGUUCAAUGACUGGCUAGGUGGUCUACCAUAUGAGUUUAAGGUGGUGAUUGCAGGUAACCAUGAGCUGACUUUCGAUAAGGACUUCAUGGCUGAGCUCAUCAAGCAGGAUUAUUACAGAUUCCCUUCGGUCUCCAAACUCAAGCCAGAGGACUUUGAUGAUGUUCAGUCACUUCUCACAAACUGUGUAUACCUGCAGGAUUCAGAUGUGACCAUUAAGGGAUUCAGGAUAUAUGGGACACCAUGGACUCCAUGGUUUAAUGGUUGGGGGUUCAACCUACCUCGAGGUCAGUCGCUGCUGGAGAAAUGGAAUUUGGUGCCUGAGGGCAUUGACAUCCUGAUGACCCAUGGACCUCCUCUCGGUUUCCGGGAUUGGGUUCCUAAAGAGCUGCAGCGGGUUGGAUGUGUGGAGCUGCUCAACACAGUACAGAAAAGGGUGCGACCCAAACUCCACUGCUUCGGGGGAAUCCACGAAGGGUACGGCAUCAUGACCGAUGGCUACACAACCUUUAUAAACGCAUCAACCUGCACGGUCAGCUUCCAGCCCACUAACCCCCCCAUCGUAUUCGACCUGCCAAACCCAUCCAGCUCCUGAGACCGCAGGAACAGGGAGGUGGGCGGGGCUUGAGAAUGGCAGUGAUAAACUACUUCUUUUAUAUAAAUAUGUCCAUUUGGAAAGAAAAAAAUGUUAAAAAAUGCUUUUUUUGUGCUAUUUUUAUGCUCUUCUCGGACAGAAAAAGAAUUGAAAGGGGGUUGGGGGGUCUGUGGGAUUUAAAGGAGAAUACCGGUGAUCUCUGAGGUUUUGUGCCAACAGUCCAGCUGCCUUGCUUUGAUUCGCGGCAGCCGCAUUGUAAAGUUUCCUUCAUUUUUCUUCAUAAUCCUGUCUAGCAGCUGACGCAGCAAAAUAAUCCAUGUGGUUUUGUAUUACAUGGAGCAGAUAUGCACCCCCCCCCACCUUCAGCCGUUACCCUCAGAAACAAAUUGCCUUAGUGCGGGGCACCGGGUGAACGCGGAUUUGAAACCUUCGGCUCAUUCAUGCAGGUUUUGUGAUCACAUCUUAUUUUGUGUUCACAGAAAAACCAAUUAUGAGAAAUAUUUUCUCACAUUUUUCUCCACAUUUUCAAACCUGUAUUUGUCAAAACGUUCUCCUGCUUUAUACCAGUAUUCUCCUUUGAAGGUUUUUUUUUUUGUGGUUCAACAAUCUCGCUCUUGAUAAAUAUUGGUCAGAUCUGUAAGACAAAUGACGCUUUGUGAAUUUGUACAAUGUCUUUCUUUGGUUUGCUGGACAAUGUAUGCCAAUUGAUUUUGUUGUGUCGUAAGAUACGUUUUUUAAAUUUUUGAUUUCACGUCAGGUUUUUUUUUUUGUUAUUAGCUGACAGGACGCUGCCUUAAACUAGCUUUAAAGGUGUCAGCGAACGCCCCUCUGCGAUCUCAAAGGACAGUCCUUAUUUAUUACCCAUCAUCCCCGCAGACUGAAGCAGGGGCAAAAAUCUUCUCACCGCCAUAUAUUUCUUCAUCUCCUCAGAGAUUUUCUGACCUAAUUCGGAAAAUGUAUGUAUAAAAAUAUAUAUUAUAUAUUAAUGUUGUAAAACAUCUGUACUAAAGGUUGUGUUUGACAAAAAAAAAAAAAUCAUCAGGUGCAUUUUUUUUGUUUGUACCUGUAAGAUUGCCAUGUUUUUUAUGCUCCCAUGAAACACUUUUCAUAAUUUUCUUUAGUAUUUUUAAUCAAAUGCCAACAGGUGGACAUUUUUGAAGGAGAGGGAAAAUAUGUUGUUCACAAUCCAACAGGUGGUAAUUGUUCCCAACAACUCACCUGCCUAAAUAAACAUGGUUCAGUUGUCUUUUCAAGUGUAAAUCUGGUAGUUUUUGUGUUUCUUGCUUUUUUUUCUAAUUUUGCACUGUGUAAAUGCAAUCUUGCUAGCACAAAAAAAUGGUUGCCAAUAGUUGUUUGAACAGCUGUAAAUGCUCUUUUCGUGCUCUGUUCCUCUCGCGCUUUCUCUGAUUGUAUCCUUCUUCAUGGAAAUGUUAGUUCUCUUUUUCAGUUCGUUGUGAUAUAUUUAGCUGCCUUUAUAUGCAAAUAAAAAUGCAAGAUUUUUACUUAAAACAA